ACAGGCAGUUUCCCCACUGUCGCGUUGCGUAUACUCGAUGGUACUUCUUUCGUCUGAUGUCAUGUAUCGCGCUGUCAAAAUUUCGUGUCGUGCGUUCGACUCGUGGUACUCGUUACGAUAAACGUGUUAUAUGUUAACGUCAAUCAGACCCGGUAGAGAUGGUGAAUGUAGAUACUAUACGAAAGAAUUAUCCACUGCACUGGCUUGUCUGGCAUAACAGCCAUGUAGAACUCGACAAGGAACUGUCCACAAAUCAGCAUGACCUAGAAAAGCAUGACAAUCGAGGAAGGACACCAUUGAUGUUAGCGGUAACCUUGGGCCAUAUAGAUUCCGCUGUAGUGCUGUUACAACAUGAGGCCAAUGUUAAUACAGAGAACACUCAAGGAUGGACUGUGGUUCAAGAAGCAGUUGGUACAGGAAAUCCUGAAUUACUGCAAUUGGUACUUGCUAGGAGAGAUUACCAGAGGUAUUGCAAUCGGGUGGCCGGUAUACCAGAACUACUUCAUAAACUCAAACAGGCGCCUGAUUUUUAUGUAGAAAUGAAAUGGGAGUUUACAAGUUGGGUUCCUCUUGUAUCUCGGAUGUGCCCAAGCGAUACAUAUAAGGUUUAUAAACAAGGUAGUAAUGUGAGGAUUGAUACUACAUUAUUAGGCUUUGAUCAUGCAAAUUGGCAACGUGGUAAUCGAAGCUAUGUCUUCAAAGGACAAAAUGAUGGGGCAACGAUGAUGGAAGUGGAUCAUGAAACGAGAAAAGUUUAUGUUGAACAUAUGAAACUUAUAGAAAAUGAUAAUAUACAACUAUUAGAACCAUCUGAAGAAGGUGUGAUAGCCCGACUUACUAAUCCUAUAGUUACAACAUAUAUAGAUACAGAUAAAAUUAGUUUUGAACGGAAUAAAGCAGGUCUAUGGGGAUGGCGUUCUGAUAAAAGCGAAGUAAUAAAUGGUCAUGAGUGCAAGGUGUUUAGCGCAAGCAAUGUAGAAUUAAUAACUAAAACCCGAUUAGAGCACUUAUCUGAAGCAGAUAAAGCAAGGGCUCGAGCACCAAGAACACCUCUACAGUCAUUUCUUGGCAUUGCAGAACAGCAGCAGGAGAGUUGCAGCACUGUCGCUGCUAGUGAAGAAUUUAAUAGUGUAGGCAAUUCUUCUAACAUAACUGCUGAGGAAUACUUUGACCCAGCUGUAGAUUUAAAUGGAAGAGAUAUAGGUAGACCAAAAGAAGUGAAUACAAAAAUACAAAAAUUUAAGGCAACUUUAUGGUUAAGUGAGGAUUAUCCAUUAAGUCUUCAAGAACAAAUCAUGCCAAUUGUAGAUUUGAUGGCUAUAUCUAGUUCACAUUUCGCAAAAUUAAAAGAUUUUAUUCAAAUGCAACUUCCAGCUGGUUUUCCUGUUAAAAUUGAAAUCCCAUUGUUCCACAUUCUUAAUGCGAGAAUAACAUUUGGAAAUAUAUUUGGCUUAGAUCAAGAGGUACCGCAUGUAGAUCAUUUACAAGAAACUAAUCGUGUAACUUGCUUAGUGGACGAUAUUUGUUUCGAAACACCUAGUGGAUAUACCAAAUUAGGUGCGGAAGUUAGGACACAAUUCAGUAUUGAAGAAGAGGACGAUUUACUGCAGUUUGCUAUCCAGCAAAGUCUCUUAGAAGCUGGUAGUGAACGAGAUGAGGUUGAUAUAUGGGAAGCACUAAGAGCGCAAAAACCAUCUAGGCCAACUACACCUAAUAUGACCACCGAAGAAGAAAGGCAGCUUCAGAGGGCGAUUCAGGCUAGUUUAGUGCUAUAUCAAGAGACAGCUGGAUCGAUGGAAGGCACUGCGAAUUCAACGGGUAUAAAUGAAAACGAAGAUAGCGAUUCUCUCGAAGACACUGCAGAACAAUUGAGACUAGCGUUGAAGCUUUCCGAGCAGCAACAAAUAGAAGAGGAGCAACAACGGUUGUUGGAAGAAGAAACGUUUCGUCACGUGCUGGAACUAUCUUUGACGGACAAGUAAACUUCCAAAGUGUAAUAGUGAUAAAAAAAAAAAAACAAAUUUACUACACAGUAUACUUCCAGAAAAGUGAAAACUUUCGCAGUCUCGUCAAGAAACGAGACCGUACGAAAAAUCAUUUCCUACAUUUCAUAGAUUGCAAAGUGCAUUACGGAGUAAUAAUGUUGCUUAAGAUGAACAGUUGUUAUUGAAGUAUGUAGUUAACGCAAGUCAAAAGAUGGAAAUAGUAUAGUAGUAGUUAAGCAAAUGAAUAAUUUAAAUUACGUUAUUUAUUUCUUAGCUACAUUUUAUAUGAGACGAAAUUCUUCAAUACUAUAGAAAUAUCAGCAAGCAUGUAACGAAGUCUUGAAAAUUACAGCUCUUUAAAAAAAGAUGCAGUCACAAUCGACAAACAAUCAAAUAGUGUUUGUGUAAAUCCUAUUAAUUGAAAGUAAAUAAUGUAAGUUACGACUGUUGAUAUCUAGAAUAAAUGGCAUGUAAUUCUCAAGCCUUCAAAAAU